AUGGGCAACAAUUCUUUCUGGAGAAGUGAUAUCUUCCCCAAUGAAUAUAUUUAGCUACGGAAAAUUCUUUACUCAUUUCCAUGCAUGGAGUUAAGAUAAAACCAUGUAUUAUGAAUAUGUAUUAUGAGCAAAUAUUAGUCGUCUACCUUUGUUGCUCAUCUUCAUAUUUUGCGCAAUUAAGAUCCCAGAUCUUUUUUUUUUUCCAACAACUGCAUUGA